AUGGCUUCUUUCUACAAGACGGCAGCAGCAGUGUGCCUCGUCGCACUCGGUGUGCUCCAAUCAGAGGCACAGCAGGAGAAAGGCAAUGGCGGGGGAGAGGCGGCGUGCCUCGUCGCACUCGGUGUGCUCCAAUCAAACGCACAGCAGGACCCUAUCGAGGGAGGGGGGGGUUCUACAACGUAUAAAUUUACAGUAGUGAAUGUAGAUGAAGACGCCUACUUGUCCGCCAACUUGGCGCGUAAUGGAAAGCUCCCAGUGCACAUCAGUGAGGUCACAAAGGACGAAAGCAUCGUCAAUGAGUUGACGGCAAAAGUGACAGCCCAAGAACAGCCCGCUGCGGAUAGCUGCACUGCAUUGUUAACCACCAAACUGAAGGAGAACUUCCAUUACUCUUUCGACUACGAACCCAAGUCGGAGACCAGUCCAGACUACCGUCAAUUACUGCAGAAGGCCCUUGACGCAGGAUUGACAGUCUUCGAUGAGGAGUAUUUCAACGGGCUUAUAGAACGAACCACUCAAUUAAAAGAUAUGACAAAAGACGACCUGAAGAAUUCUGUUGGAAAUGGCCCUGUAGCAACGGCCUCUACGAUUCUAAUUGCCGGUUUGGUUGCUAUGCUGACAGCCGUCUCUGCCUAG